AUGCGCUAUGAUUCCACCGCCGUGGUGGUAGAGCGGCCGCGAUCUUCCCUAGACGCCAACCAUUGCGGGCUCGAUGUACCCGAAAAGCAGAUCAUUCGACCGGAGAGGAGACCGGGUCACCAGAGACGAUACGCGCCAAAGACGCGGUCUGGAUGUAUCACUUGCAAGAUACGACGAGUCAAAUGCGAUGAAGAGAAACCAUGGUGUAAGCGCUGCACGACCACUGGCCGCAAAUGCGAUGGCUAUACCGUUCCCGGUGAUUCAACGAGAAUCAAAUCGCCGGAUCCCUUAGCUGUUGUGCCCCUCGAUGUAUCCUCUGACGCUCUGGAAAGGCGCACAUUCGACUUUUUCCGGGCUCGGACAGCACCUUCUGUAUCAGGAUACUUUGCCGACUCGGUCUGGGACAGGAUCGUGCUUCAGCUAAGUCACAGUGAGCCAGCGGUGCGUCAUGCUGUCAAUGCUCUUGGAAGUCUGCACGAAGAACGAUCUCUCAGAAAGUCGGCCGGCAAGGAAGGCAUCGAUGUAUCUCUCGUCAAGACCGGAUUCCCACUCGCACAGUACUCGAAAGCGCUCAACGAGAUGCAGGCAUUGCUCAAAGCUGGCAAUGCGUCAUUAGAUAUCGUGCUGCUGUGCUCGCUGCUUUGCAUACACUUUGAGUCCAUGAGAGAGUCAUUCGUACCGGCCUUAAUGCACGUGGAGAAUGCAAUCCAACUUCUGGAAUCGAGCACUUCCUUCGAUGCCAGGAAAGUCAAUCCGGCGUUGGUCAGAGCAAUCAUGAGGAUGGAUCUGCAGGGAACGAUGUUCUUGGGCUCUCGUGUCCCAGGGCUACCCUUCUAUACUGCCGCUACGGACUCAAUGCUGCCAAAUUCGUUUCACGACCUUACACAUGCCCGGGAUCUGGUCACCACCUGGACUAGUCGGCUCUUCCACUUCAUGAGGACUGUCGCCGACGAUCACAAGUUUCGAGACCCAGGCAAUGUUGCUCUGGAUGAGCUUGCAAAGGCACAGGAGCUCGAACAGCACUUUAUCAACCUCGAUCGACUGCUGUGGGACUACAUGCACAAACCGACGGCAAAACUCACCAUUCGAGAACAACACGGCUUGGGGAUGCUGCGCAGUCGCGUUAAGAUCAAUCGCAUCCUGUCGGCCACCUGCCUCUACUCUGAGGCGGCAGUGUUCGACAGGUACAUUCCGGAAUUCCAAGACAUAUUGACGACGUGUCUUUUCAUCAUGGGCAGCGACAACGCAGAAAGACGGCUCUUCUCUGUCAGCCUGGACGAAGGAUUGAUUCACCCCUUAUUCUUCCUAUGCACCCACUGCCGAGACGGUAGAAUAAGACACCAAGCUCUCGAACAGUUGAACAAGCUACCCACCAGGGAUGGCAUCUGGCAUGUGGAGACGACUGCUCGUACGGCAGAAAUGUGCAUUCGAUUCGAGGAAGCACUUUGCGACAAAGACGUUCCGCUAUGCUCUGACAUUCCAGAGUGGCGCCGAAUCCACAGCGCAGGAUUCGACGGCUGGGAUGACGAAGCACCAAGGAGGAAAGUAAAAGUGCAUCUCCGGACACGGCCCAACGGCAUGGACGGCGAAUGGAGCGAGUUUGAAGAGCACUUCGACUGGUCAGUGCUGCACCGACUCCCUCCCAGCGAUGAGGGAUUUGAAGACAAUCUACGGAGCGCGAGACAGCUUCUUGAGUCUGCGGUUUAA